AAUUCUUUGUUUUUUUUUUACCUUUUUAGGUUGAAAAUCUUUGUGGGAUUUCUCUCACCCAACUUGCAGAUAAAGAAAGUCCAAAGAGGCCAAGUCAACGAUUCACCUUUGUCAAACGAUUCACUUUUGUCUCGCUGAUAAGAACUUUCCCUCAAUCCAAACACCCUCGCUAAACUCCAAUUUUUCACGUUCACAAACACACGAAACAGACCUUUCUCUUAACUUUUAACCUAUUCUCCAUCCCUCUGUCUCUGUCUCGGUCUCGCCAUUUUCAUUUUCCUUUUCUUCCCUUUUUUUUUUAGUAUAUCAUAUGCGGCUGACAGCUAAACCUGUGUGUUGAAAAAGCCUCUAGCUUUCACACGAUCACAAUUAAAAAAAAAAUAAAAAAUAAAGAACUUGUUAUCAUUCAAAUCACGGGGCUUUUGCUUUUUUACCACUGUUUCAACUUGUUCACACUUUCGUUUCUUAUAUCUUUCUUUCUUCAAACGACUGCUUUCAGUAUAUUCGUCUUGUACAUGCUUGAGUUCUGUGUUAAUGGGUUCCUGUUGCAGUUCUCGAAUCAAAGCCGAGAGCCCAGAUCGAAAUGGGCUUAAGUCAAAUUAUGGAAGCAAAGUCUCUUCAGCCUCAGUACCUUCAACACCUCGGACAGAAGGUGAGAUUUUGCAGUCAUCCAACAUGAAGUGCUUCACUUUUAAUGAACUUAAAACAGCCACAAGGAACUUCCGUCCCGACAGUAUGGUUGGGGAAGGAGGUUUUGGCAGCGUCUUUAAGGGGUGGGUUGAGGAGAAUUCCUUAAAAGCAGCCAAGCCCGGAACUGGUUUGGUCAUUGCAGUAAAGCGGCUUAACCAGGAAGGGCUUCAGGGUCACAGGGAAUGGCUGACAGAAAUUGACUUCCUUGGACAGCUGAAACAUCCCAAUCUUGUGAGAUUGAUAGGUUACUGUUUGGAGGAUGAUCAUCGCCUUCUGGUGUAUGAGUUUAUGUCCCGGGGAAGCUUGGAUAACCAUCUAUUUAGGAGGGCUUCUUACUUUCAACCGCUUUCGUGGAGCCUUAGAAUAAAAGUUGCUUUAGGUGCUGCAAAGGGUCUAGCGUUCCUUCACAGUGAUGAAGCUAGAGUGAUCUAUCGAGACUUUAAAACCUCGAAUAUCCUGCUCGAUUCUAGCUAUAAUGCAAAAUUGUCUGAUUUUGGAUUGGCCAAGGAUGGUCCAGCUAAUGAUAGAAGCCAUGUCUCAACUAGGGUCAUGGGAACAUUUGGAUAUGCAGCUCCAGAAUAUAUGGCCACAGGUCACUUAACGGCCAAAAGUGACGUGUACAGUUUUGGGGUGGUUAUGCUAGAAAUGUUGUCGGGCAAAAGAGCAGUAGACCAAAACAGACCAUCUGGAGAACACAAUCUAGUGGAAUGGGCAAAACCUUAUCUGACCAGCAAACGAAAAGUUCUCCAAAUUUUCGACUCUCGCAUUGAAGGCCAGUACUCAGUAAGUGAAGCUCUAAAAGCAGUAAACAUUGCAAUCCAAUGCAUAUCCAAUGAGCCAAAGUACAGGCCAACCAUGAAAGAGGUAGUAAAAGCAUUAGAACAUCUUGUGGAGUCGGAUAACAUGGAGCGCAGUUCACACUCUCGAAACCAACAUCACAGAAAUCUCAAUGGCAGGUCAUCACCCAAUGCUCACAAACAUCCCAAGAGUCCCAUUGCGGUUAAAGUUGGCAAAGCAGCUCCAUUUUCUCCUUUACCAUCUCCCUCUCCCAUCCGUACAUAAAUAAUGAAAAUGAAGCUACUUCCUUCUAAAUGUGUUCUGUUUCAUUUCUCAUUGAAGCCAAAAUGCCAUAUCUUGUAUUUUGAGUAUGUAUCACUUCGGUUGAUUUUGUAUAUAUACCACUUUUGGCUAAUAAUGAAUUAUAUUACCCUUUUUGGUCCA